GGAUGGUGCUGGUAGUGGAUAGAGGCAAGGGAUGCUGCUAAACACCCUACAAUCAUGGGACAGACGACAGCAAACAGUUAUGCAGCCCAAAAUGUUGGUAAUGCCAACUCUGAGAAAUCCGGCUUUAAGGGGGCUGGACUCCACCGUUCGCUCCUCUACUUCGCAGUCCUCUGCAAUUCCAGGAGAUAGUGGCUUGGAGAUGGACUUGCUAGAGGACCUCAAGACCCUGACGUUUGAGUAUGGGCUCGAAGAAGAAGAACGAUGCUGGCUGUAUUUGCAGGGUCGUUAUCUGGGGCGAAUGAUCAAGGCCUGUGCCCAUGCAACCUUCUUUUGCAAGUUACUCAAAAAUUUGAGAAAACUAUUACGUGAGAAGGAAACUUCCAGAUAUCCCUUCGUGGGAUCGGCUGCCAGUGAUCCUGAUGAGGAUGAGUUAAAGGUGGGCAUCAUUGGAGGCGGUCACCUUGGGAAGCAGCUGGCUCGUGUACUGCUUCGGCUUGUCCCCAUCCCUGCGGAGAGGCUGCGGAUCUCCACUCGGAGGCCAGAGACCCUAGAUGAGUUGCGGAAGCUGGGGAUCCAGUGCUUCUACCAUAACUCUCUUCUGGUGACCUGGGCCAACGUGAUAUUCCUCUGCUGCCUGCCGUCUCAGCUGCCCAAUAUCUGCACAGAAACACACACCAGCUUUGGGAAAGGCUGCAUUGUGUACAGCUUUGUAGCUGCUGUCCCGAUACCCAGGUUGAAAAGGCUUCUGAACCACACCAAUAUCUUGCGGCCUCAGUAUAAGUGUGUUGAAGGUUUUGCCAAUAUCUGGACGGGCAACAAGGAAGUCACAGCUGCUCUCCAAGAUCCUGUGAUUCUCCAGGCGACCUGCCCCUACAACCCCGCUGGCGGAGUAAUCCUCAAUAUCAAGUGGCUGGAGGGCGUGUUCUACGCAGCCCUCAACAUCUGCACGGAGAAGGCCCUGCCCCAGUCACAGGUGCUGCAGCUUCUGAAUGACCUGUUCCUCUCUGUGCACUUGGAGGACUGUGGGGAAGACAGGGCAUCUUGCCCAAAAUUCCAUCUGCAAGAUUUUGUCAGCAAUGUCUUUUCUGAGAACCUGCCUGAGAGAAGGCCUCUCCCCUGGUUUGAUCUGACUACUGUGCAACUCAGGGACACUCCCAUUAGCCAGCAUUUCUUAACCAGUACUGCUCUCCAGGACCACUUUACCUAUCUGUACUGUGACUCAUUUGGCAUCUCCCUAACCAAAGAACAAAAGCCAGUGAUUUCCACGAGCUUUCUAUCCCAAUAAGAGAAGAGACCUCAGGAAUCAGGAUUCUUUCUCCCCUCUGCAAUGGCUGUACCCUGACCAUCACAUCUGA